AUGGAUUCAUCCUCCGAAACUGUAACCAAGCCCCCAAUUAAGUGCUUUAUAAGUGGCCUUGGUGUCUCAACAACACCAAUGAAUAUUCCUAAGACCCGACAGACAUUCUAUAAGAAAUGUGGCAAGCACCAGCCCCACAAAGUGACACAGUACAAGAAGGGCAAGGAUUCUUUGUAUGCCCAGGGGAGGUGGUGUUAUGACAGGAAACAGAAUGGCCCUGGUAAGCAGACUAAGUCUGUUUUCCAAAAAAGAGCUAAAACUACAAAAAAGAUUGUGCUGAGACCUGAGUGUGCUGAGCCCAACUGCAGAUCUAAGAGAAUGCUGACUAUUAAGAGAUGGAAGCAUUUUGAACUGGGAAGUGAUAAGAAGAGAAAGGGCCAAGUGAUCUAG